AUGGACCAGCUACCGCCAUUCUUUAUCCCGCCGACCGCACACCCACACACCCACACCGCCGUCUUCCUCCACGGCAGGGGCGGCAACGUAUGGGCCCUCGUGCGCGCCCUGAGGCUCUGGACCAAUUCCGACGGCCACAAUCUCGCCCGCGCCUUCCCGACCUUCCGCUGGGUCUUUCCGCAGGCGCCAAUGCGGACCCUCGCCGCAGCCACCGCCGCCGCUGCCGCCACCACCUCCCCCAUAACCGCCACAGUGUCCUGGCCGCAGUGGUUCGACGUGUGGAACGGCGCCGACUUCGGGGACCGCGAGGGCUUGCAGGCCGAGGGGCUGCGGGAGCAGGUGCCCCGCCUCCGCGGCGUGCUGGCGGCCGAGGCGGCGCGCCUGGGCGGGCGCUGGGACCGCGUCGUGCUGGCCGGCAUCAGCAUGGGCGGCGCCGCGGCCGCCCACGUGCUCUUCAACCUCGACGUGCCGCCGUCGGGCGGCGGCCGCCUGGCCGCCUUGGUGGGCCUGGCCUGCCGCUGCCCCUUCGCCGCCAGGUCGUCGUCGCUCGCCGACAUGCGCGCCGCGCUCGCGCUCGAGGACGGGGUCCCGGGCGGCGACGCUGUCGUGCGCGGGACGCCCGUCCUGCUCGAGCACUGCCUCGACGACGAGCUCAUCACCAUCGAACACGGACGCCGCAUGUGUGAGAUCCUAACGCAGUUUGGGGCCGUGGUUGAAUCGCGAGAGUACCCUCAUGGAGGUCAUUGGUUCAACGCGCCCCAAGGGGCCAACGACGCAAUAGCAUUUUUAAGAAAACACGUUUAUAACCCCGACUGUAACGUAGUGGCAGAUGACGGAUGA